AUGUCUGUAACAGAACAAGCAGAUCUCUUAUUUUUCGAUACAUUUUCACAUGACACGAGUGAGGAACUGAAUUUGGAUUUGGUACAAUUCCCAAAAUCGGUUUAUGUGAGAGAGAUUCGCAUUAUACCUUUAGGUGCAAGGGUUGAAGGAGAUUUUCCUGGUGGCGUGCGACUUGGUGCUACUAACCCAACAAAAUUCCAUAUCGAUUUUUUCGUAAAUGACCUGAGCAAGCCCGGCGCCUCAACAUUUGAAGCAUUGGGAAGUCUGGACUACUGUCAAAAUGGACAAAUACACAUGGAGUGUGGGUCCUCUGUGGAUCAGCCUAGAAUACCAACAGAUGGCCUUGUUCUUAGAGGAUGGUACACCACAAUCACCCUGGCGGUUUACGGCAACUUGACUCAAGUUAUAACUGAAACACCAGUAGGUGCUAAUCCUCCGUCAAGUGUGCAACGCCAGCCUAUCACCCGUGAAGUUGCAACGGUAGCGCCAAGCGUGCCACAACCCGCAGACUGGAACCAAGACGUAUCCAAUCCAAUACCAUCAUAUACUGGGAAUGUUGCUACAGGCAAUCCAGAUACAUACGGUGCCACCGCUUACCCAGAAAAUUACGAUAGUCAGAUGUAUAGAAAUGAUUAUUACGCUAAUGAGCCACCCAAAGAUCCAAGGACUUAUCAUCAUCUGGAUGACGCCGACUGGGAGAAGGAUCGUAGGGAUUUGAGUUGUGAAAGAGAUGGAGACAGGAUGCGACUCAGCCCCCGAUCUCUGGAACAUGAUAGAGAAAGGGAUAGAAGAGACGGUAGAAGUCGCAGACGAUCGUUAGACCAAAGAAGAAGUCGCGAUUCGUCACGGCAUAGGGAAAGAAGUCGCGAACUUGAACGUUUACAUUCCAGAUCAAGGAGUAGGGACAGAGAUUAUAUUGUUAAAGGCGAGUACCGGCAAUUGAGUCGCUCAAGAUCGCAUAGUCUCGAUAGAGAUAGACUGAGGGGCUUAUCUAAUGAUCGUGAUUGGGAUAGAGGAUCAUAUAAAAAAGAUGACUACCGUCGUCAUCGGGAUAUUUCGUACGAUAGGUCUCGUGGUGGUUCUUAUGAACCGCAUUCUCCUUAUGAUAAAAGACCUCCAUCUUACGAGCGUAAAAUCCCAUAUGACAAAUGCGGUCCAUCUUAUGAGAAACGCUUAUCGCCUUAUGACAAACGUAGUUCGUCAUACGAACGACGCGCCCCAUCAUAUGAGAAACAAUCCUCAUAUGAUAGAAAACGACAUUCCCCAUACAGCCGCAUGAGAGGCUCCAGCUAUGGUAGUAGAUCACCAAGUCGCGACGACUCUAGGAAGCGACCUCGAACCCCUCCCGGAGAAGGGGUAAGGCGGCCAUUAUCACCAAGAGAGGGAGAUACUUCCAGUCCAAUUAAUUCGAUUAGAUCAGAGGAAGCCCUUGAUUAUGAUAGAAGUGGCAAACAAAUUCCUCGUAUCGAUUUCUAUCAUCAAAGCUAUCGUCACAAGAGUUCUAUUAGAAGUCCAUCUCAGGAAGUGGAUAAUGCCUAUACUGAGCCCCAGCAUUCGAGUCUGGUUACCGUUCAAAUUGUAGACAAUGCUGCUGCAGUAACCAAAACGGCAGAUUCACCUAAUCGGAUGCAAGAUGAAGAUAAGUCCAUGGAUGCUGAACAGUUUGAGCCUAUCCUGUCAGAUGAAGAUAUAUGCGAUGAUCUAGAAGGACCGCCGUAUAUGGAAGUGGAAUAUGAAGUCAACGAGUAUUGUGGAGUUGACGACAUUAUUAAAUAUUACAAUCCGUUCAAAGCUGAAUGGAAUAAAUACGAAUAUAUGAACCAGGUACAUUUGCUUUCAAACAGCAAGGCAGAGAAUAUUAAAGACGUUAGUAACGCCAGUUUUCAGGAACUUUGUGAUUCCAGUGCAGAUCUUUUUAAAAUAUCUGAAAUAACUAAAUUAGUCAACAAACGUGAGUUUCUCACCAAUAUAUUUACAGAAAUUGACAAUUCUUCUAGGGAAGACUGGGUGCAUCAGUGUGAACAGUUGUUCGUAUCAUUAUCAAAUGUUUGUAAGACUUCAGACAUUAUUUUGCGGAUAUUUUGCAGUCGUGACGAAAAGAAUGCCACUGAUGAUUUCUCUGAUAUUUGUGAUUUACUUAUUACGUUUAUUAAAAUUGGCUUAAAUUUUGAUUUUGCUUUGUCCCAACAACAACCAACGUACAAGAUAAGGCAUAUGAAGUGUGGUAUUCGACUCGCAGAAGCGUUGAUGUCCCAUAGCCAUAAUUGUCAAGUCAUGAAGGUGUUAUUGGACAAUGAUAUAGAUAUACCAAUGCUGCUUAUGGAUAUGUAUUCCAAAGAAUACAUGGCUUUGAGCAUACGAUUAAUGAUUUUAAAAUCGUUGAAUGCUUGUUUGUCAUCUAAAAUAUCCAUAGAACACUUUAUGAAGGAAACAUUGUUCCCUAAAUUCGAUAAAAACGAAAACGAUGCGAUGAGAAAACCAAUGAAUGGAUACCAAGCUUUAAUUGCAAUAAUGCAGACCAAUCCGCUGGCAAGAAUUAAGUUUUCAUUGAGUUCGUUAAUAAAGAAACUGAAUAUUUACGAGGCGUUAAGCAAAUUGCAUGACGUAGUUUUUAGCUUCAAUAAAGCAGUAGCUGAAAGUAAUCAAAAUGAUGAUAACGAGCUUUCAGAGAGUGAUACAGAAUUCAUAAUAAAUUGCUUGGAAGAGGUAUUGUAUAUGUAUCGUUCGCAAUGCUUCCAUAUAUCACAACCGAAACGUUUCCUACCAGUCUCAGCACAAUUUGAAAUCAACAGGGAGUGCUCAAAUGAAAUACUUUUGGAGUUUUUCAAUAUUCACCACACCCUCGAAGUGUGCCUUUAUUUACUUACGUGUCCAGCCACCAGCAAUAACUUGGUGAUUACUAGUCCAAUUCAUGAUUUGAUUUUUGAAUUGGUUCACUCACAAAAUGGCCUUAACUUUUUGUACAAGAAUAUGGAGAUGAGUGAACUUCUAUUUAAAACUCUUAAUCAACCCUACGGUCAACAAAACUCAGAGGAAUCUGUUUAUCCCCAUGAUUUGAGCAAUUACACAGAUCUUCAGAUUUUGGGGCUUGAGAUGGCUUAUAGAUUGAAGGCAUUAUACUAUUUACAAUCUAUUUGUGAUCUACAAGCGGGAAGACCAGACGAGAAUGAACUGAUUGACAGAUUACAGUCACUGUACUGUCUUGGUUUCGGGUGCAUAGGAAAAACAGCAGUACCUGAUGUCAUAGUCAUGGAUGAUAACGCCGAGUGCUUGAUGGAGGUGUUUGAAAGCGAUUUGAAGAACAGAAAUAAAAGCGAUUCAUCAUCUAAGCAGAAAUCACCGGCUAAAGGUUAUGCUAUAGAACUUAUUGUCUCGGCUGUUAGGUUUUCAGCAAGUGUGCCAUUUUUAAAGAAAUACGGACAGAGACUGAUGAACGUGUCCAAAGAACACGAUAAAUUCGAGCCCAGCGUGUCCAGUGUUCUCCAAGAAGUUAUUCCAUAUCUGAAGCCAGCUGAAAAAAUGAAUCUCUUUACAGGAGAUGACAUGGCAGAGUGUGUUGAAAUUUUGAAAGUGAGUACAGAACACGCACCUGAUUUACCCGGUGAAUUGACGACUUGUCUUAGAAUUUUGCGUCAUUUUUGUAUUUCGGACUACGAGAAAAACGUUUCCAUCGUUACCGAGUCGCCUACGGAAGAAUACGUAGAGCUGAAAUACAAAUAUAAUGUCUUACAACUAUUCUCUUUAGAUGGCGUUGCUCAUUUGGUUGGAAUUCUCGAUCGCUUAGCUACCCACUUUGAACAACCGAGCAUGCACACGUCGUUCUUCGCUUCAGUGAAGGGGCUACAGUUAGCUCAAAUAUUGCUUCCAUGCCUUAGAUUAAUAGAUGAAAUGCUAGCAAGAGUAGUUCGAUGUCGCGGCCCAAGGUUCAGGGACUUAACAGCCGCCCCUAUUUUAUUGAAGACUUAUGGAAUGGCUAAAGCGUAUCCAGUAGGUUCUAUCGGAUUCAGAACUGCAUCGAAAGCGGCGGAAUCUGCUGUUAGAGCACUUCUCGCUUAUGCUCAACCAAUAGCCGACGACGCAAACGACGGGGAUUCUAUACGUCGCGGACCAUGGACGUCUUUGUGUUCUGAAGUGAUACAGUAUACUAUGACAGCACCUUAUACCUUCGUUCCUGGUCUUUUAGUGUUCUCUGAGCUUUUACCCCUGCCACUACCUAUGCAAACUAAAACAGCGCCAACUGAAAGAGAAUUAGAAGACGCGUCAAAUGAAAGAAGACUAUGGUCGGCUCAUUUGCACGCACUCGCGAACGAUUUGACGGAUAUGAUUCAAAUAAUAUGUAUGUCUACCUAUAGACCAGUGGUCCACAUGCUACGGCGCGUUUGCGUACAAAUUGCCGAUUUGGCGCCCAACACAGCAGCUACAGUGGCUCGGGCGGCAGUUGGUGCAGUCAUUAGAGAAUUAAAGCCUGCAGAACCAGCAACUCCCAGUUCCGCUAGAGUCCUAGGCUUCUUAGCGUGUCUAGUAUCUCACGCACCAGUUAAAUGUGCAGUAUUACAUACAAUGAAUACGGGUGGACCAAAGUCGAACGACGUACAAGCUGCACUAUGUGGUGUUUUAAGUUUAUCGAAUCCAUCAAGCGAGCAGGCCACCGCGCAGGAAUUCGCAGCCCAUGCUUUAGCUGCUUUCUGUGACGCGGAAGUCACUUUAACUCCCACGAACGCUUCGGCUGAUAUUUUAUUGGCAAAUUCAUUGCCAAAUAAAGACGCAUUAAAUUCGUUGCUCGAAGCAACUGCAGCCUGUCUAGAGUCGACGACUAAAACUUGCGCGGUUGCAUCCGCAGUAUUGCGUGCUUAUUUCGUGCUAACAGAACAUGAAUACGGCUUCCAGCAGUUUAGAAAAUUUGUGUCGAAAAAGCGAGAGGCUCUCGGAAAGUAUUUCAAAUGGGCUUUGGACGGCCUAGGAGAAGACAGAGUUGAAUGCUUGAACCUGUACAUUGAUUUAAUUAGAAUUUUAAGAGUCGAGGAUGGAGAAGGUCCAGUUGGUAGGAAGAGUGUUCUGACACUGAGCGAGAUGGCAGAUAUGGUCGGGUAUACAGAGGGUGAGCAGAAUCAUCCAAUAUUCAUCUUGGAACAGAUGCUUCGGGAGCGCAAUUCAGACGAAGAUGCAAUAGCCAAUGCCAACUUCUUGGCUUCUCAGCUCCAGAAGUUGAAAUCAAGUGACGAUCCACCGGCAGACGUACCAGACCCGAUACUUCCAGCGCCAGAGACCUUAGUGGCACAGUUCGCGGCCCGAACAAUGUAUACUAUUGGGGAUGCGAACGAUGAACGGUUGACUAGCAGUUAUUGGCUUAACGUCCCGUCGGCUGGUGGUGAUGAUGACGUGAACCAUAAUGAUCUGGUGUCGUGCGACGUGGUGGCGCUGGCCAGCCAGCAGCUGGGCGGUGCGGCGGCGCUGGCGGCUGGUGUGCGGCGCCUGGCCGGCGUGCCCGACGCACAGGCACCCGCGCCCAUGGAUAAGCGCCCCGCCGUGGCGCUGAGUCGUGUCCGUGCGGAAGGCGGUGCGGACGCGUUCCGUUCGCGGCCGCCCAACACUUCGCGGCCGCCCUCCCUGCACGUGGAUGACUUCACCGCACUGCACCAGCCAUACGCACUCGCGAUCAGAGGCGGUGGUGGCGGCGGGCGCCGAGCAACUGGCACUGACCGCGGCCGUUUCGCCAGCGCCGCGCCGCCGCACGCACACUACCGACACCUUCGCGGUCGCGGUGCUUGGGAGAUGGGCGCGCAGCACUUCGGCCACUUCGCACCAACCUCGCAGUACAUGAUGGGUAUGGGAUGGGGCGGAGCUCGCAUGCAGCGUGGACCGCGACAUCGCGCCUUCAUGCGAUAG